CUCCGAUCGUGACGAAUCGCGAUCCCUCCGCUGUUGCAGAGUCUAACAGUAAAAAUCGAUUUGCCCAAGACAUUUCUUUGGCUUUAGCUAGAUAUUUUCGUUUGUGAAGUAACAACUUGUCUUGUGCGUCCAUUUUCCUCAGUUUUCCCAGUUUCCUCAUUUCCCGGGACAGUGUCUCCUACCAUUUGAAAAGAAAGUCCGAAAGAAAACCCCAAAAGCUGCUCAUUUUUGGCACUAAUUCGGAUACGACUGCAAAUGCAAUUUUAAAUGAAAGUUUCAGACUUUGAAAGCAAGCAAUGAAUCUCAUAGUUACAUCUGCGUCCGCACUAACGGUGCUGAAUUUUGUGCUGCUGGUGCUGGCGGAUAUCCCCUCAUUGAUUAAUGGCGAAGAGGUCUCUGAUGGCGUGCGCCUGGUGAUGAAGACUCGCUCCGGCGAUACGCUUGUCCGGGCGGCCCGUGGGGCACUGCCGGAGGAGGCAGUCUCUCCCGCAACCAAUGUGGAUGGCCAGCGCAUGAGAAACAACCGUAAAUCGAACAGAUCGCAGGAUAAUUUGCAACAAGCCGGCGGCCACAAGUCCAGGACGGGCCACAAGAAGCAUGCGGUCGCGGAGAAUGCCAGUGCAGUCGCUCAGCACCCGGCGCAGCCGAAGCACAAGCAAGGCCACAAAAAUAGUGACAAGCAGCAGCGGCAGGUAAUAAAGCAACAACAGCAUGGACAUCAGUCCCAUCCAGGGGGCAAACGGCCAGGACCCAAGGCAAAGGCUUCCGAAACUGCGUCCACUUGCCGGUAUGCGAAGAGCGCCUGGUCGAACUGCGAUGCCAAGUCCAACAUGCGCACUCGAAUUCUGUCUCUGAAGAAAGGGGAGCAGAACUGCCUGCCAACACGAACCAUACAGAAGAAGUGCAAGAAAGGAUGUCGAUAUGAGAAGGGCACUUGGACACCGUGCAUCGCUGGACAAAUGACGCGCGAGGAUAAGUUGCAGGCAGAGGGAGUCGGGGCCAGCGAUCAGAACUGCGAUCCAGUGCGUACCGUCAACAAAAAGUGCAAGGGAACUGGCAGCUCGCCUGAAGGAAAGCACCACGGCCCGAACCGAGCCGCAAAGGAGCGCAAACAGAAGGAUAAAGGUACUCCUCGUCGCACUGCACCGCAGGAGUAGAGCAGGCCUGAAGGCGUGAGGUGGAGCAACAAAUUUUAUAGCAUUAUCAUUCAUAUGUGGGUUUUCUAAGAGUAAGAUCGUACAUUUUGUAAACAAUAACAUUCAAAAACAUA